AUGCGAUACCUGGAUGAUUACCUUACACUUUGGUCACAUGGAAAAGAAAAACUGGACGAUUUUCUGAAGUUUUUAGACCAGAUUGAUGAAAAAAUUAGAAGUAGAGGAAGUAUAACCAACGACGCUCGGGAAGAUGAGAUGGAUAAGAAUCUGGGUGUCGUCUCAGAAAUGGUUGGCCAACUGCAUUCAAUGGCCAUCGACAUGAAUACGGAGGUCGAAAUUCAAAAUUCGAAGCUUGAUCAGAUGGCUGUCAAGGUUUGCCUUCUUUUAUGCACACCUAUACCCUCUGCACAUCCGUAG